AUGGAGGUAAGUGGAGGCCCUCAAGAUGAGUGGAUGCAUCUUGUGGCUGCGGGUGAUGCCACGUCGUUGAUUGCUGUCUUUCGGGAGGCUGUUGGCUCAGCACCGCCUGACGCUUCUGCUCUGCAGACCAUCUCUGCGUUUUUGGAGGCACAGCUUUUUUCAUCUUCGUUGGAUGUUGAUUUACCGAGGCUCUUCUCCACGGCGUCUAUGGAAUACAUGGAGGCCGUCGUAAGCGAGACAUGCUCUUCUGCGCUUGACGCACGAGAGGUUCUCAGCGAGCUGCUAGCAAUGGAGGAGCUUCCCAAUGGAAACGCUCUUACGGUCUACAUACGUCUCAUUCGAGUGGCACUUCGGCAGUUGCUUCUAGACACGCUUCGGCGGAAGAAACGACAGUGUGCCGGCGUGAAAGAGCAGCUGUCACAGACGCAGGCAACUCUGCGUGCGUGGUAUCCAGGUGUGGAGCGACGUCUUUCGCACAUCAUUUCAACGCUUUGUCAGCACGAUGCAGCUCCACAGAUGGUACGAAGCGUAAAUAAGUUUCAGGACGAUGAUGAUGAUGAUGCCAUCAGUGAGGCGGACACUGCAAAUGGAGAGGAGGAUGCAAAAACGAUGGUAUCGUUGGUGGAGUCGGGUACAUUGGAGGCCUUGUUGCUGUUGUCAUUAGAUCUUUUUUUAAUGGUUGGAGAGCCUCACAAAGGUGUGCCACUUCUUCUGAUGGUGAGAGCGAGUCUUGUGGCAGUCCAACCGUACAAUGAGAACGAUAAAUUUUUGCAUAAAAUAGGAACUGACUUGCGGCAGUGGGCCAAAUCCCUCUGUCAUGUGGAGGACAAAAAGACAGAUCAAAAUGUGGACAAUGCUACCGAACACAAAUUGACCGUCGUAACGACACCAAUGGAGGCUAAGCCAAUGAACGAAACUAUCGUCCGGGCACUGUUGAAUGUGGUGCCAUGCGGUGAAAUUGUUUCGUACCUUCAAAGGGGCUCGAGUAACGCAUUUACAAAGGACUUAAUGGAUAGUGUCGCAUACGAGGACAAUGAACACGGGAAGAAUGCAAGCGAUGCAAAGGCUGUCACUACUUUGCACGACCUGAAAAAAGAAAAAGAUGGGCUACGCAUUCUUUCUGAUGAUGAUUCCGAAAUAGAAGAGGACAAUGAUGACGUCUCUUUAGCGCCUCUUGCUUUACGGAAAAUAGGCGCCAUGUUGAUCCUAUAUGAUGUUAUGACGCUUGACGGUUUGUGCGAUCACGAGCUGCUGAUAUCGAAAUCUCCGGAGACGUUUUUAUUUCUAACGGGGACAAUGAUUUUAGAGAGUCUAAAGAGCUCUUCACUUAGUGUGGUGAUGACGGGUCUCGCCUUUCUAGCCACCCUGCUUCCCCACCUGCCUCUGUACAGUAUCCUUGCACAUGGUGAGUUGGAUACAAAGCCCGGACAAAUACAUGAGUUUGGACAAAAACAUAUGACUGGAGGCACAUGGGGAUUUCGCACAAAAAGAUUUGAGCUUAUCUUUGAAAUGCUGAAGGCUUUGAUGAAUAUUUCUGCAACAUGUCCCUCCGAGUGUCAUCGCGAGGUUUCUCGUGGAGUAUUUGUUACUUUACUUCAACGAUGUGCCUGUAAUUUACGCAUGUUCAUUCACUCGGUGUUUCUUGUGCUGGCGCCGUUUGCAUCCCUUUGCUCGCUGCUGUUGCACCUCCUGCGAGAGGAAUGGAAUGAGAAUCGAUCCUCGGUCAGCACCUCGGAAUUUGAUUUCCUUCAGAAUACACUGCCUACUCUCCUGUUACGGGCUCAGGAAAACUGGUUGAAGAAACUGCGUGUGGGCGAGGUGACGUUUCUGGAUCCCAUGAUUCAGUCAAUUAGUUUUGUUUGUUGCGUCAUUAUCGAGGAUCGAAAACAGGAAUCGAAGGACUCAUUGUUUCGCCUUGACCCCAGCCGUGCCAAAGUCGAGCUUCACAGCAAGGUUGCUGAGGAAACUAAAAGUGGCCGCUGGAACCUGUACCUUCACCAGCUGUUGAAGAAUGUUGUUCCGCCACUGCGGACCAUGGCGUCGGCUUCCCCUGAUGCUUCCGCGACCGCGGUGGGUGUGGUAGGUGGGGUGACUUUGUCGCCGCUGGACUGCUUUGCACUCUCCAGGUGCCUGGAUGGUUUGGAGGAGCAGGUCGUUUUCACGGGUUAA